AUGGCGCGAACAGAGCAGGAGCGCAGUGGAUGCGUCACAGGUUUGUGGUCUCUCUUUCGACCAAAAAAGGCGCACAAGGGCGACAACAAGGUCCACCCGGAAGCCAUGGACGCGGCGGCCUCGAAGCUGAAGGUCCAAGAUCGUGUCUGUGAGGCCGUCUCGGGAGAAGCCAUGGACGCCGCCGCCUUGAAGUUGAAGGAACUCAGGCACGAGCAAGAGCAGGAACAGGAGGAGGAGCAGCGGAUGAAGCCGAUGAAGCAGCAGCUGGAACAAGAGGAGGAGCAGAUGAUCAAGCCGAUCAAGCAGCCUCUGGAACGGGAAGACGAUCAAGAGAAGAUGAAGCAGCAGGAGAAUGACAAACCCAAGCAGGAGGAGCAGCGACCCAAGCCAAUUCUACUGCCAGCCGGGGGUCGUCGUCCAGGUUCCAGGCCGAAGAUGGUUCGCUUCUCUUCCUCAGCGGAGGACAUUCUUCCCGACGGCACCCGACGGCGGAGUGAAACCCAUCUUAGCGAUGGCCGAGGGGGCUAUGUUGAGUUCGCGUAUCUCGAAGCUUUCCACAAGGCAAACCGGUGGCUAAACCAGAGGGGAAAAACCGAGAAGAAGAUCCGCAGCUUGGAAGAGGAAAAGCGCGAGGAAACAGAAGAGGAGAAGCACGAGGAAAAGUCUUGGAGUGUUAGCGCGCUCCGGAUUCUGAUCAGACUCACCGAGCAGCUUUACGAGGAGCUCAACGGCAAAUCCAGCGACCGAGAGAGGAUCAAGCGAGCGCGGAAGAUGAUGAGGCUCCAGAAAAUGCUGGAUAGGAUCCCGAGUGAGAGGAAACCGUGGAAGAAGCUUCAGUCCGGCGAGGUGGUCUUCGUGAAGGAGGCAAAAGAACUAUAUGAUCGUGCGGGGAGAGAUUUUGUUGCCGAAUUCAAGAGGAGACAGAGAGCUGAAGUGAACGAUGAGUGUUUGUUUUGUCGGAACCAUGAUGGCGAGAAGAUGAUCGGCCGGGCUGGAGCGAACUCUAAGACGACUAGACCCUGGGUUUACCUGAGAAGAGAACACGAGCAAACUGUUCUAAGCACGUUGAAGAAACGAGAAAUGAAGUUGGCUCCGAGCUCGAGAAGGCUCCAGGCGGAGAAGUCCAUCACACUUCAGGCGUCUAAACAGGCCAGCGACCAGCCUCCACACUCUUCUAAGUCAAGAGAAGAUCAAUGGAUCAAGUUUGACUACACUCUACAGUGUCUGGAGCAAGGAGAGAUCUAUCUUAUCAGCUUUCCAGUCGACGGAGAUGAGACAGGAGAUACUGCUGCGAGCUCUCUAGUUGACAGAGACUUUGAAAACGGGUCAGGGCUGUCCAGGAAUGCUCGUACAGCUGCUCGGAUGAAAGUAUCAGCAAAGAACUCAGUGUCAGAUUGCUUCAAGGGAAAUCAAAUCCAAAAGUUGGAGCGGGAAAACUCGGAGCUGUGGCCAAAUAUCCAAGCAAGUCGAGCACCACAGUAG